AUGACCUUAUAUCGCAUUCUGAGGAAAAGGAUUAGAAAAAAAGGAUUUAUAAACAUUCAACCACUUUGUCAUUUCGAUGUUUGGAGAUGUGUUAUGAUCCAAGAUCAGUCAGCAGCUAAAGGUCUUGUAACUAGAUCCAGAGGGCCUGAUCUUAACAAAUUGGUAUCAGAGCAGGUUGUUAUGGGAGAUUUCCGUUCCUUUCAGCAGCAAUUUGAGACUUUCCUCAAGAUGUAUGAGGAAAAUAGAGAUCGAGAUCGUCAGGAACGAGACCAAGACCGUGCACUGAUGGCAGCACAGCAACAAGCACUAGCCAGACGAUUAGAUGAAUUGUCACGGGAAUUGUCCACGGGAAGGCCUGAAGGACGUGCUGAGGGAGGCGAAGGAAGUAUAGUCCACAAAGAUUAA